GUUUAAUGGAGGUUAUGUUGCGCUCCGAACCUCCGAUGUCGGUUAUGAUGGUCUCAGGUCUGUGGUCGGCUUGUGGAAAUUAAGAACUCGUCGACCAUAUUAUAAGUAAGAUGUUUCUUAAACCCUUCAAAAUGAGGUCAACCCAUCAGUUAAAUAAAACUGAGAGGCGUGAAUUGAAGAAAUUUUGCAUUAAGAGUUUCCCGCUAAUCAGCGACUGUAACUUUUAUGAGGACUGGAUAACGAGAAAAGACAGAGUAACGAUUUGCAAACUGCUCACAUAUGGUGGAGAGUUUGUGAAUGCUUAUUUAGUGAAUCAAGUGCCUUUAUUCUUUGAGUAUGAUGAGCAGCUAUUCCCCACUGUCUAUUUUUUAUGGCGCCAUCCAGAUGCUUUAUUAUACUUCACGACACACUCACAAGUAGUACGAAAACUGCAAAAUGGUGCAGAUUUGAUGUUGCCCGGGCUGUGCCCUGAGAUAUAUUCUAGUCUUAGUAUUGCAACGUUUGAACGUGGAACUAAACUUUUUGUAAAUACUUCAAAUAAUAAAGCUGCAGUCGCUGUCGGUGUAACGGCAGACUCGGCUUCGGUACUACGUUCAUGUAAAGUGGGCAAAUGUGCCAUUAUUUAUCAUUCUUUUGACGAUUUUCUGUGUAAAAUAAAUAAUAUGCCUACCUCUCCUAUUCCCCAAUUGGGGCAGUCACAACUUCCAAUUCCAUCAUUGCAAAUGUUACAACCUGUGCUGGAGGAACCAAAUACGCAAUCGACGUCCAAUGAAACUCCAACUUCUCCAAAUGAAGAGGCUAAUAUAAAAGCUAUGGAUGACUUAUUAUUACGCUGCUUAUUGGUUGCAAUGAAAUUUACCAAAGAUAUAAAAAUACCAAUGUUGGUCUCGACUUUCUGCAAUACAUAUAUAAAGGAGGCAUGUCCCGCUGCUGACAUAAAGAAAAGUUCCUAUGGGCGUAUUACGGCGUUCCUACAAAAAUGUGCCAAGGACGAGCUCAUCUCAUUAAGCAAGAAAGGACACAUAUAUGUUAUUACGGAGUUCAAUUACGACCACCAGUUGGUUAAGGAGUUCGAAUAUAAUUCUGAACAAGAACCAAAAAUAUCUGUACCGACCCAAGAGAAACCGAAGUCGAUGACUGUUAGAGAUGUUUAUUUCAUCACGCAACCUGUCCUCCCACUUUUUCAGAAGAUGGGAAUGAGGCCUGGCACUGCAGUGUCUGUUCCACAGAUAGACGAAGCCAUUAAGGAUUACCUUAAAACACAUAACCUUGCAUUGCAAGGCAACCAGCUCGAUUUUAGCGCAAUUGACAUAACCGACUUUAUCAAAUCCCUCUUGCCAAAGGAAGGAAUAAUAUUAACCUAUCUAGAUUUGAAGAAACGCAUCUUGGAUCGCAUGACAAAAGGUCAUACACUUAAAAUUGGAGAUGUUGAAACGACUAAAAAAGGUGAACUUGAACCAAUAAAGAUUACCACUGCUUUCCGAAGCAAUAAAUGUGUAACUUUGGUAAAUAACGCGGAACAGUAUACUAUAAAUUUACUCACACUCGCCAAAGAGUGCCAAAUUGGGAAGGCUACAGGAGCAAAAGUUAAUCCAGGUGUUCGUCCUUCCAUAGGUAAUGAACUGCAAUUACAGGGCAACCAGAUUACUUUUCUAAAAAAUUUGUUAACUAGUAAAUACGGGGUACCUGAAAAUUGUAUUGUAUCAUCUCAAAAAAAGAAAUACUAUGUAAAGUUCAGUUCAGAUGUACUACACGAAUGACGUGCGUACAAACUUAGGAAAAUCCGAUUAUAGUAAAGUUCUCAGUGAAAAUAUUGAGAACAAAAAAUAAGAAUAUAGUCAUAGUAGAGUUGCCUUUUAGGCACUCGGCCACUAGACAAACAAAGGAGUAGGGAAAUUGAUGGAUUAACCAAGAUGAAAUAAAAGUCGCCACAAGUCGAGGAAGAUGUAGAAUGUAAGUGGAACCAUUGAAUAAAAACACUAUAAGAAGCCUAACGCUUAUGGAAGAAAGCGCG